GAGGGUGCUCCCGAGAGCUUCCCGAGCGAGCUGUCAUUUCCCUCGCCAGGCAUGGUUCCAUUACAGUCAGCUCCAGCCUUUCCUACCUGUGUUGGGCUGACUCAGGAGCAAGUCUCCUCACGGCAGGAUCAUACCCGCGUCACCACAUCCUUUUGCUGAACUGCAGUCUUUACUGUUUCUGCACAUUCAGGGUAACAUCUGGAAACAUCCUGCAGGUUUGUUUUUUUUAAUGUUACAAGAUGCUAGGAUUCUCUGUUUACGGCGCUGUUGGAGCGGUUAUCUAUGGAAAUUUUUGGGAAGAGGCUGUGGAGCGUCUGCCAAAUGGCUGAGUUGCAGCCUGAGACUUAAAGCAGGCAAGGCAGCAGGAGAGACCGAGUUUGCUCUGCUGUCCUGCGGGUGUUCCUGGACCUUGAUCUCGGGUUUGUGCGUGUGGUGUGGGCAGUGUGGUUACAGGCUUAACUUUGGUCUGAGCAUGAACCUCUUGUCCUUGAGUCAGGAGGGCGUUGUGCUUAAAAUGGGGGUUCCUCUGCAAGCGAGCGCUAGGGUCGGUGUUCCCGGUGCACCGCAGCACAGCGCGUGUGGUUGGAGGGACUUAACAUUCACCAUUCGCCGCUUGUCGGCUCUGCAGCCCUGAUGUGGAAUUAGCAUAAUUGGCUGCUGGCUUUUUAGCCGGUUGUAAAGAGAGGAGCUCCAUCUGGGCCGCCCUCCGUACUCUCAGGGCUGCUCCACUGUACCCUCCCUGUUACCUCGCGUCUGCCCGACGAGGACGGGGAAGCAGGAUGCCGGCGGGGCUCGGCGGGAGAGGCCGUCCCGGUGCGGGCAGGGCGCUGUCCCUUUAAGGCGGGUGGCGGGGCGGGCUCGGGCGGUGAGUGACAGCGCGCGCGAGGUCACGUGAGCCGCCUGUAUUUGAAGGUCACAAAAAAGCAGCUUCCUUUAGAGAGAGCAAGAGGGAGCGAGAGGGAGGGAGCGAGAGGAGAGAGCGAGGGAGCGCAGCCAAAAUGGCCGACGGAGCGUCUGCUGGGUUCUGAACGCUUGAAAUAAAAAAAAAAAAUUAAAAAAAAAAGAGAGAGCAAAAAAAAAAUUCAACAAAAAAGGAAAAAAAAAACCUAAACGAAAAAGCAAAAACACAAAACCAUUUUUGGAUUUUUUUUUUUUUUCAUUUCCAUUUCUACCUUGUAUGCCUCAACUCGCUGGAUUUAAGCACUGCUGCACUUUAUGAGGUGAUGAGCUGCAUUUGGGUGUUCUGUGCUCGGAAAAAGCUGAGGUUGGCUGUGUCACCGUUAUGUCUCCUUUUCAUUCUGCUUCAGUCCAGAGAGAAGGAGCAAGAAAGGGAAGAACAGUUAAUGGAAGACAAGAAAAGGAAGAAAGAGGAUAAGAAAAAGAAGGACUCUGCUCAGAAGGUCACAGAUCAAAAAACCAAAGUGCCCGAAGUGACGAAACCAAGUUUAAGCCAACCAGUGGCUGCCAGCCCAAUUGGCAACUCUCCAUCGCCACCAGUCAAUGGUGGCAACAAUGCCAAAAGGGUGGCAGUGCCGAACGGACAACCGCCAAGCGCCGCCCGCUACAUGCCUCGGGAGGUGCCGCCGCGAUUCCGUUGCCAGCAGGACCACAAAGUGUUACUGAAACGUGGGCAGCCCCCUCCGCCAUCCUGCAUGCUCCUUGGGGGUGGAGCAGGGCCUCCCUCCCCAGCAGCACCAGGAGCAAACCCAAACAACGCACAACCAGUGACAGGAGCACUGCUGCAGAGCGACAGUGGGACUGCAACAGAUUCAGCAAUUGGAGGUGCUGCUGCUUCAAAUUAUGCAAAUUCUACUUGGGGUCCUGGAGCCUCCUCCAACAGCGGCACCAACGCCAACCCAACUCACAUCUGGGACAAGGUGAUUGUAGACGGGUCUGACAUGGAAGAGUGGCCUUGUAUUGCCAGCAAAGAUGCUGAGUCUUCUUCCGAAAACACCACCGAUAACAACAGUGCCUCGAACCCUGGCUUGGAGAAGAACGCUCUGCCAGGAAGCACCACUAGUAACAAAGGAAAAGGAAGCCAGUGCCAGUCUGGAAGCGCUGGAAACGAAUGUAAUCUUGGGGCCUGGAAAUCUGAUCCCAAGGCUAAAUCUGUUCAAUCUUCCAACCCUGCUGCCGAGAGUAACAAUGGACUAGGUAAUUGGAGGAACUUGAGUGGACAAGACAGAAUCAGUCCCGGUUCUGGCUUCAGCAACUUUAACCCAAAUAGCAACCCAUCUGCUUGGCCAGCACUGGUUCAAGAGGGCAAUUCUAGGAAAGGAACUCUGGAAUCUGAUAGUGGUAGCUCCAAUGCACAGAUUAGCACAGUAGGUCAGACCUCUAGGGAACAGCAGUCAAAGAUGGAAAAUGCGGGUGUUAACUUUGUCUCUGGCAGAGAACAGGCUCAAAUUCAUAACACUGAUGGACCAAAAAAUGGAAACACUAACUCCUUGAACUUAAGUUCACCAAACCCUAUGGAGAAUAAGGGAAUGCCCUUUGAAAUGGGCUUGGGGAACCCUUCCAGGAGCACUGACACCCCUUCUCAAAGCACUGGAGAAAGAAAGACAGGGAGUGUUGGAUCUUGGGGUACAGCUAGGGGGUCUUCUGGAACUGACACAGUCUCUGGGCAGAGCAAUUCUGGAAACCAUGGGAACAAUGGAAAGGAGAGAGAGGACUCCUGGAAAGGAGCUAAUGUUCAAAAACCUAAUGGGUCAAGAAGCGAUUCUUGGGAUAACAAUAACCGGUCUACGGGUGGUGGGUCUUGGAACUUUGGCCCUCAGCAUACAAAUGAAAGCAAAUGGGGUGAAGGGAACAAAUUAACAUCUGGGGUCUCUCAGGGAGAAUGGAAACAGCUGUCUGGGUCUGAUGAACUGAAGAUUGGAGAGUGGAGUGGUCCAAACCAACCAAAUUCUAGCACUGGAGCAUGGGACAAUCAAAAAGGCCACCCUCUUCCUGAAAACCAAGGUAAUUCCCAGGCUCCCUGUUGGGGAAGAUCUUCCAGCUCUGCGGGAAGUGAGGUUGGAGGUCAAAGCACUGGAAGCAACCACAAAGCAGGAAGUAGUGACAGUCACAAUUCUGGACGCCGAUCAUACAGGCCUACGCAUCCUGAUUGCCAGGCAGUCCUGCAGACUUUGCUGAGCAGGACUGACUUGGACCCCCGAGUGCUUUCAAACACCGGCUGGGGCCAGACUCAAAUUAAGCAAGACACCGUGUGGGAUAUUGAAGAAAUGCCACGGCCCGAGGGGAAGUCUGAUAAAGGAACUGAGGGGUGGGAGAGCUCUGCCACACAGACAAAGAACUCAGGGGGCUGGGGCGAUGUACCCAGCCAAAGCAAUCAAAACAAGUCUGGAUGGGGUGAGCUCUCAACCCCAACGGAGUGGAAGGACCCCAAAAAUAGUGGAGGAUGGAAUGACUAUAAGAACUCCAAUUCUUCUAACUGGGGAGGAGGAAGGCAAGAAGAAAAAUCAUCUUCCUCUUGGAAUGACAGCUCUAGUAAGGAUCAGGGGUGGGGUGGACGGCAAACUAAUCAAGGAUGGUCUUCUGGAAAGAACGGUUGGGGAGAGGAAGUUGACCAAACAAAAAACAGUAACUGGGAAAGUGCAGGAAACAAGCCAGUGUCCGGUUGGGGUGAAGGUGGGCAAAAUGAGAUUGGAACUUGGGGUAAUGGUGCAAAUACAAGCUCUGCUUCAAAGGGUGGAUGGGAUGAUUGUAAAAGAACUUCAACAUGGAACGAGACGGGUCGACAGCCCAACUCCUGGAACAAGCAGCAGCAGCAGCACCAGCAGCAACAGCAGGAGACUUCUGGUUCCUGGGGUCCACCGCCCCAAACUCCAAGUAAUGGGCGGCCUCCAAACCCGAACUGGAACAGUGGACCACAGCCAGCUGCCCCCAAAGAGGAGGAGCCUAGUGGCUGGGAAGAACCUUCUCCACAGUCAAUCAGUCGAAAAAUGGAUAUUGAUGAUGGCACUUCAGCGUGGGGAGAUCCUAGCAGUUAUAACUACAAGAAUGUGAAUCUGUGGGACAAGAACUCACAAGGAGGACAGGCCCCACGGGAGCAGAGCCUGCCUACUCCAAUGACUAGCAAAUCACAAGCAUCAGUCUGGAGCAAAAGCACUCCACCUGCUCCAGAUAAUGGUACGUCCGCCUGGGGUGAGCCAAACGAAACCAGUCCCGGGUGGGGUGAAGUAGAUGAUACAGGAGCAUCAACUACAGGCUGGGGGAAUGCACCUUCCAACGCCCCGAAUGCCAUGAAAUCUAGUUCUAAAUCUAUGCAAGAUGGCUGGGGAGAGAGUGAUGGGCCAGUGACAGGAACACGUCAUUCCAGCUGGGAAGAGGAGGAGGAGGGAGGAGUCUGGAACACAGCAGGCUCUCAGGGAAGCAGUUCCUCCCACAACUCAACAAACUGGGGGCAAGGAGGAAAGAAAACACAAAUGAAGUGUGCAUUAAAAGGAGGAAAUAGUGAUUCGUGGAUGAACCCUUUAUCCAAACAGUUUUCAAAUAUGGGCUUGCUAAGUCAAACUGACGACAUUCCAGGCAGUAAGAUGGACUUGUCUGUAGGUGGUCUCCCAGAUAAGAAGUUUGAGGUAGAUAAACGAGCCAUGAAUCUCGGGGAUUUUAAUGACAUGAUGAGAAAGGAUCGAUCUGGGUUCCGUCCACCUAAUUCCAAAGACAUGGGAACCACAGAUAGUGGGCCUUAUUUUGAGAAGCUGACUUUGCCUUUCUCCAAUCAAGAUGGGUGCCUUGGGGAUGAGGCUCCCUGCUCUCCCUUCUCCCCUUCUCCCAGCUACAAGCUGUCUCCCUCUGGUUCCACACUAUCCAACGUCGGCCUUGGGGCAAUCGGCUCAGGGCUCAGUCCCCAAAACUUCGCUGCUAGACAAGGUGGCAAUCAUGGUUUGUUUGGAAACAGCACAGCACAAUCGAGGGGCAUGCACACACCAGUGCAGCCACUAAAUCCUUCCCCCAAUAUCCGGGCGCAAGUGCCUCCCCAAUUCCUUUCUCCCCAGGUUUCAGCCUCCAUGCUCAAACAGUUUCCCAACAGUGGCUUGAAUCCUGGUCUUUUCAAUAUGGGCCCCCAGCUUUCUCCACAACAGAUUGCCAUGCUGAGCCAACUUCCACAGAUUCCCCAGUUUCAAUUAGCUUGUCAGCUCCUCCUUCAGCAGCAGCAGCAGCAACAGCUGUUACAGAGCCAGAGAAAGUUAUCUCAAGCUGUGCGACAACAGCAGGAGCAACAGAUUGCUCGUAUGGUGAGUGCCCUCCAGCAGCAGCAGCAGAGGCAGCCUGGCAUGAAGCAUUCGCCAUCCCACCCUGUUGGGCCUAAGCCACAUUUAGACAGCAUGGUACCCAAUCCUUUGAAUGUGGGUCUCUCAGAUUUACAGACCAAAGGGCAGAUACCUGGAUACGGUUCAGGUGGCUUUGGCUCAAGUGGCAUGGAUUAUGGCAUGGUGGGAGGGAAAGAGGCUGGAACAGAAUCCCGCUUUAAGCAGUGGACUAUGAUGGAAGGGCUGCCCUCUGUGGCUUCACAAGAUGCCAAUAUGCACAAAAAUGGUGCAAUAGUGCCCCCUGGAAAGGCUCGUGGAGGAUCGCCCUACAACCAGUUUGACAUAAUCCAGGGCGACCCACUCAGCAGCCACGCAGGCCCUGCUGGUGAUAGUUGGUUACCUGCCAAAUCUCCACCAACAAACAAGAUCGGAAGUAAAUCCAGCAAUGCCAGCUGGCCUCCAGAAAUUCUGCUGUUCAAGAGAGCAGUAUUGUUCAGCACAAAGAUAAAUGAAGUGGUGCCCAAUCAAACUGAUAUCACAGCUGGAGAGUUCCAACCGGGAGUGCCAUGGAAAGGUAUACAAAACAUUGACCCUGAAUCUGACCCCUAUGUGACCCCUGGAAGUGUGCUGGGGGGGACAGCCACAUCUCCCAUUGUAGAUACUGACCACCAACUUCUGCGGGACAACACCACAGGGUCUAAUUCUUCCCUCAACACCUCGCUGCCUUCACCUGGUGCCUGGCCCUACAGUGCCUCUGACAAUUCCUUCACCAACGUUCAUAGCACUUCAGCAAAAUUCAGUGAUUACAAAUCAACAUGGUCCCCAGAUCCCAUAGGACACAAUCCCACUCAUCUCUCCAACAAGAUGUGGAAAAACCAUAUUUCCUCAAGGAACACUACAGGGCUGCCCCGCCCACCUCCUGGCCUGACCAACCCCAAACCGUCAUCUCCAUGGAACAGCACAGCACCCCGAUCGGUCAGGGGCUGGGGGGCACAGGACUCAAGGCUUGGCUCUGCAUCUACUUGGAGUGAUGGUGGCUCAGUUCGUCCUAGCUACUGGCUGGUUCUUCACAAUCUCACUCCACAGAUUGACGGGUCAACCUUGAGGACGAUCUGCAUGCAGCAUGGCCCACUGCUGACAUUCCAUCUGAACCUGACCCAGGGCACCGCCCUCAUCCGAUAUAACACCAAACAGGAGGCGGCCAAGGCCCAGACUGCACUGCACAUGUGUGUGUUGGGAAACACUACCAUCCUGGCUGAGUUUGCCACAGAUGAAGAGGUUAGUCGCUUUUUGGCACAAGCUCAGCCCCCUACACCUACAGCAACCCCGAGUGCACCCACAGCAGGCUGGCAAUCCCUGGAGACAGGACAGAACCAGACAGAUCCAGUUGGACCUGCUUUGAAUCUCUUUGGUGGGUCAACAGGGCUUGGGCAGUGGAGCAGUGGUGGCGGCGGCAGCAGUGGGGGUGAUCUCACUGGCGCUUCAUUGUGGGGGCCCCCAAACUAUUCUUCAAGCUUGUGGGGGGUCCCAAGCGUAGAGGAUCCACACAGAAUGGGCAGCCCUGCUCCCUUACUACCUGGAGACCUUCUGGGAGGAGGGUCGGAUUCAAUCUGAACUUAGAACUUUCAACUCUGACCUCGUGACCUUUUUUGGAACAGCAGCAGCACUAACUUGACCUUUUUCGUUUUUUUCAACUUGCAAUAAAUACAUUUAUAAAAGGAAAAAAGAAAACGGAGAAAGAAAAAAAGGUGGGUCAUUGACAGACUGUCUGAGCACAUAGUUGCCUCCCUUAUAUAACUUCAGUUUUUUCGUUUGGAAUAUGAAUCCAAAAAGAGAACAUAUCACUCUUGAAAUACUUGAAUCGUGAACGCCAACUUAGAAAGACAAUGUGAAGCAAGUACACAUACCAUUUAAAUUUAAGCAGAAAAAAUUAAAAAAAUUAGUUUCUAGUUUUUCACUUUUUCAUGUUAUACGGAAGUUGUUGCUAAGAAACAUAUAUACUGAAAAAAUAGCUUUUUAACUUUGUUUGCACUGGGUGUGUUUCCGUCCUUAGGUCUACCAUGUUGGGUUGGGGUUGGGGAGGGGUUCAAAAGAAUAAGGGGAGGGAGGGGAAGACUUGACGGAGCCUCACUUUAAAAACAAAACAAAACAAAAAACCUAGAAAAAAAAAUAAAAAAUUAAAAACCCACAAAAAAAAACAAAACAGAAAAAACAAACAAAACAAAAAAACCAACACUUUGUGAUUGGCUGGUUGAUAAGUACCAGUGUGUUCUGGCACAUGUAACUGCCCACGUGUGCUUGUUUCUGUGUGAGUGCGUGUGCACAUGUUUGUGUGUGUGCAUUUUUUUCUCUAUAUAUAUAAUCUUGAAACGCUGCAUUGCUGAUGGUCUACGGGCUGGCUGGCCAUCUGCAUGUCUUGAUUCUGAAAGCAAGACAGGCAUGGUGGAGUCCCUGUGGCUGAAGCAGAAUCCAGUUGGGCUGGAUUAAAAUUUAUCAGUAGGUUUUUUUAAAUUCAUUUUAGCAGGGUGCUAUCUCAAAUCUGCAGAUCAUAGAGUGGAUAGUUGCUUCCUAGCCCUUGUUCUAACCCUGUGGUAGAGCAGAACACUGCCAUAUCCAAAGGAUUAUGGGAGAGGGGAGACAAUGUUGUCUUUUGAGUAACAGUCUCUUUAUUUAUGUCUGCUUGUGGGGUUUUUGUACUGAAUGAACCCUAGAGUGUUUGUAAUAUAAUGCAAGCCAUUUAUUUCUUCCAACAAGGGGAAAAGAGGAUUAAAGAAGACAUUGCCAUUUUUUGUGCAGCUAGACAAAUGUUCUUUUCCAGUCUCUUGCAAGCUUCAGUACCUUUAAAAAUAAGUUUCUUUUCUCCCCCAAACCUAAAUAAGCACCUGUACUCAUUCUAGAGGAAUCCAUCCAAAGCCUGAAAAUCCAGCCCAACUAAAUUAGCCUUUUAGUUGAUUUACUGCUUCUAUUAAAACUGACAAAAAACUAAAUGGUGUCAGCAAAGUGCUGGCCAGCCUGCCUCAUCUCCUGAAAGCACAUGCAGCUAACUCCUUCCUGCGUCCUUCAUGGUGAGCGUUACCUGUGCCAGGCCUUGGUGCCAUUACAGCGCCAGACCAUCACUGACAGAAACGUUUACUUACGAAUGUUCUUAAACCAGUGUGUACUUCAAAGGUUUCCUUUUGUUUCUCUGUGUUGUGUUUUUUCCUGUGUACGUGGUUUUGCUUAGGGAGGUAUAUAACUAGCAAAGACUUUUUUUUUUUUAAAAGAAGUAUUGCACCUUUUUGUUUUUACUUUUUUCCUGUACUGUUGCUUUUUAAUUUCUGUAUUUAAGGAAAGGUUUGGGUUUUUUUUAGCAUCAGUGUAGUAGUACUCUGGGCAGGAUAGGGUUGACCUAUAAUCCACAGUGAUAGCCAGUGUGUGCGUGCAUGUGUACGCUGGGAACAAAACUUUUAAGACCUGUUGUUGUGAAAAGAGUUGUAGCAGACUUGAAGGAACAUCCCUUGACACGAAGCAGGAAGUCUUUUGUGGAGGUGGGGCCGGGGGAAGAGGGAAGAGAGAUGCCGGUACUUUUUCCAUAAGUGCUAGGACUUCCGUGCGGCAUUGUCCGGCUGUUACACGGUCUAACCAAGUGCCGACCUUCUGUACCAGCACAUACCUGUCCAUUCCAGCCCUCAGAGGGAGCAGUGCUUUAUCACCUGGUGGAGGGGGGCAGAUAGGGGAGUCUGUUUCUUCAGCGCUUUCAUUGAAGGAUAUGACCAUGUCUAAUGCAUUUAACUCAUGGGUUUUGUGGGCAGAAGCAAAAACAGAUGCAAGUCAUGGAGGGGGGAGGUUGGUGCACGUGUGUGUGUGUGUGUGUGUGUGUGUGUAUGCCUGUGUGCUGGGGGUGGGAGGGAAGGGCUAGGGAAUUACAUGGCUGUUUUAUUUAAUUCGCCCUUUCUAUGUAAACCCAAUGUCACAAGGAAGACUGACUGAGGGAAAUGCUGCAUAUACACAUGCCUGUAGAUUUGUAUGCAAAGCAUUAUGUGGUAAAAAAUUAUGAGUAGGUUGGAAUUUGUUUAGUAAACUGGAGUGUGCAGCAUACUCUGGCCCCUUUGGAAAAUACUUUCCUAUCAUGUCUCCUCCAUCUAUCCCACCAUGCACAAAGAAACAAAAUGCUCUCUUUCAGCUCCUGCUAGCUGGCUAGUGCCCCUCGUGUGCAGGCAUCUGUACAGCUUUGUUUCUGCUCAAAGACCAAGUGCACUCGGACACGCAGAGCAGGUUCUUAAAAGUCCUGUGCCAGCAGUACUUCCUAGUGAAGCACCUUUGGCCUGAGCAAGCCAGUAUCUGUUCUGUCACAUGAAUUUGCUAUACAUGCUGGUUCAUUGCUGUGUUCCACCCUCACUUCUCUCUCCCAACCUGCCCUAAGGUCCCUUUACCUGCACUUUGGGCUAGAUGAGUUCAUUGCGAUACUACGGUGAAAGCCGGGUGCUAGAGCCCCUCUUGUUUACAAGACAUAAUGAGGGAUUUGAAAUAUUUAAAAAGAAAAGCUAAAUUGUUCUUCCAUUGUAAGCUUAAAGGGAAAAAAUUAAAACGUUUAAAAAAAAAAAAAAAAAAAAAAAAAAACAAAAGUGCAUAUAUGAAUUUUAGACGUUUACUAAUUCUGGGAGCAAUUAACAGUGUUUUUGUUUUUAUUUUAACAUUUUAUUUUCCUGCUUUAAAUUUGCAAGCAUUCUCAGGAAUUCUAGGGUAGGAAGCCAGUUUUUUGAAGAUGGUUUAUUUAACCUUAUCCUAGAUUGAUGGCUGUUUCUUGUUGAUAAACUUUUACAAGUUCCUGGAUCUUCAAAAUGUUUGAAAGUUUUUACUUUAAAAUAAAAAUGCUAAAAAAAAAAAAAGAAAAAGAAAAAGCAAAAAAGAAAAAACCUCCAAAUGUUACUGUCAAGUGAGGGAUCAAGAAUUUUAAAUACUUUCUAAAUUAAGAUACAUUAAGAAAACUUCUCAAUAUCAGCAACAGGAAUUCAUUGCAAUCCUAAACAAUUUGUGGGAGAAGGGUUAUUGUUUAUUGUGCUUUGUUACUCAUGCAUAUGCGUGCAGUUGCAUGGAGAAGAGAAGUGUGAGAAUGGAAACCUACUAUUCCCUCUUGAUUGAAACUAAAACAAAAAUAUCCUUCCAAGCACCUUUUUAAUAGCAGAGUGAAAGUAUAAAUCUUAUUAAAAUGCAGUAGAGUUUAACUGAAAGAAUCCUUGGUUAGGAUGACUAGCAGGAAAUACACAAUGGUGCUUCUUUGAACCACUUCUGAACAGUGCUAAGAAAAAAAACAGUGCUGACAGAAUACUCAGUAAUGAAGUAGUUUUAUUAGCCUGCCUUUUUCAGUACAGAAAAAAAAAAUACAGAAAAACUCCACGCAAAUGUACAUUGGAAGUCAACUGUCCUGUUUUCAGCUACUUGGAGAGUUUAAUUCCCACUUGGAGAUUCACUGCUUGCUUUUCUUCAUCCACCCCACCUCCCAAUCUUUCUGUUUCAUUCUAUAUGAGAGAAAUAGCUGUUAAACUCCUCUGUUCACCCUGUUGCUGCUGGCUGUCAGGGCUUAGAGUCUUGAACUUAAAAGUUCAGUGUUGGGAUGGUCAGCUUCUGCCUCCCAGCUCUAGGGGUCAGGGGCUUACUCCGCCUGAAACAGCUCGGCUCAAACCACAAAAACCGCGCUAGUGCCUUGUUACAUGCACCCACAUGCCCUACAGUAGGGGAGGGGAGGGAAGACGAGGCAAAGUGAGGCAGUGUAGCCGCUUCAUGGAAAUAGAUGUGCCCAUUCUUAAGGGAAGAGCAUGCCGUGUGAGCAAGUUGUGCAAUGAGUUACUUAAUAGUAGUUAAGUUGUUAUUAUUAUUAUUAUUAUUAUUAAUAAAUCAGAUGCCAAAUUCUGUCUUUCUCAUAGCAAUUGCCCAGUGUUUUCAUGUUGUGCUGCGUGUGCAUGUGAGUCUAUUGAAAAUAAUGCAUCAGUAGUAAUAAUAAUGUGCUUUAAAAAUCCUGUCGUGGGCCAGUAGAAGGAGGGUUUACUUAGAAAGUUUAGGAUUUUAUUUUAUUAGGUUUUUUUUAAUGAUAGAAUUUGAGUGCUUUGCCAGAAACUGUGUUUUAUCAAAUUAGCAGUGUCCUAAAAGAGAGAAAACCAUAGCAUUUGGUCAAAAAAGCUGACAGACUUGACAUUCACUUUGGAAGUGGAUUGUGACUGACUACUGAAGGGUUGACAGUCUUAAGUUUCCGCAGUCUGCUGGGUCCAAACCUAUUGUAGUACAACAGUCUGCUCCUUGUUUCCUGAAUGUGCAUCCUGUAAGUGUUAGUGACUGUCUCCUCAGUGACAGUUUGCCUGCAUUGUCAAAGUAACAUUAAUCUGUUUUCCAGCUACAGUUGACAGAUCUAUAUGGCUUAGUCAUGGCACUCCCAACCAUUGCAAGUAGUGUCUGAGAAUUGUGCUAACCAGACUCAACUACUGGGGACACCCGUUGCUUAAUGUUGUAAAAAUUCUGCUACCAUUUGAGCUCCUAACAGUGAAAAGUUAGCAGGAAUUGAUGUUAGGAGAUUUCUGGCCUUUUUCACAACUGUUCCCGGGAAGGGGUCAUUGGCAGAAUCUUGUUGGCAAGGUAGGGAGAAGAGGCUGUGGAAAGCACAGUUUGGAAUAGGCUAAGGGCAUCUCUUGCCAGAUAAAAAUCCAGCCACUUUGCUUACCUUACCUUGCAGUGUCUAUCAAGCUGAGAGUUUUUAGUCUGUUUGAUAAUUCUUUGCUCCAUUUGAGGAUUUUGUCUUAGCAGUGAUAGCAGAGUCUAGCAAGCAAAACAAAGUGUUCUAUAGCUCAGAAACCUGUGUUUAGACUUCUGACAUUUACUUUGGAAUACUUGCCAUCUUUUCCCAGUGUUUUUAUGUUUCUACCUGGACACUUGCCUAGCAGUCUUGAGAGUGGGGUUUUACUGGUUUGGGGUUUUUUUACAAUCACAAGGUGUCAGGUUUUUCUUAUAUUUUUAUUUUAUUGUCCUUCACAUUAAGUGGCUUUUGUAAUGAGUAAGAAUGUUAAGCCAAGUAUGUUUUUAGCUCUGCAAUAUAAACAGGCUGUUUUCAAAAAAAACUGGGUGGGAUAAACCCCUCAAAAAUUACAUAACAAACAUUUGUAUUAAGUUGGCCUCCUUUUUUUACCAUGAAAUUUCUGAGCAUUUUAUUCCUUAGAACUUUUGCCCUAUUUUUCUUCCUAAAAAUGCUGCCACAUCGUCCACUGUGUCCUAAUAGUGUAUCCAAAUAGUACUGUAGUUUUUUAGGGGGAAAUUUUGGUUAGGUUGGAUUUUUUUGCUUCAUUCUUUAUUAUGUUUAACUCUUAGGUUUCUGAUUUUGUUUGUGCAUAUUGUUUUCCUAUUGACUUUAAGAGGAGCACUGUUUGUAUAUCUGAGCUACCCAAAUUUGACCAAGCCUGGUCAAGAAAAUGAGCUGGAUCAGGGUUAACGUAGCAGAGGAGGUCCUGUUUCCAGUGUGUGUUGCAUAUAUCGCCUUCACUGUAAAUCAUGUGACCUUAGUAUCCAGGUUCUCGAGUGGAUUGAAACGCAGUUUUUGUAGAGGCUGGUUAACAUCUCAUGGUAAUAGUCCUGAUUGAGUAGAAGGUAGGGGUUUUUUUCGAAAGAUGUAAGGUUCCCCUAUGAGAAGCAGCUUUCUUAAUUGUAAAUAUGCAUGCAUGCUUUGUGGGCAGGAAAGUAGUACCAAGACAACUACGUUGAAAUUACUUUUGAGGAAAAACCCCAAUAAACAAAUGCUGUUGAAGUGCAACUUUGGUCCUGAAUCUGAAGCAACAUACACAGAAUCUGUUGGUUUCUCUAAAUUACUUUGCACACAAUAUCAUUUCAGUUCUGUAAUUCAUUUGCCACUGUUUCACAGUUUUAGGAACUGAUACUGUUAGAUCAUAUCGGUCAUUCCCACUGUGAUCAAAAUACGGAUAUAUAAAACCCAAACUCUUUCUUCCCCUUUACCUCUAGUACUAGGCUUCCACCUGUGGCAGAAGGAUGUUAACAGUAAUGGGGAGAAAUAUGUGAAGUUUCCCAAUGUAAACAGAGUUGGUACUCCCAGUUGUCCUGAAUCACAUCCAAACCUAAACCACAAAGCAACAGUUAGGCUGUAGCAGACCUGCUGGUUGGACUAAAUGACAGGAGCCAAACUGGAGAUUUUUAGCAGCCUUGCUAGUCCAUGUGCUUCACAAUGUUUUGCAAAAGUGUCCCAUCACUGUAAAUACCAGUGUUGCUGAAUUUUACCAAAGCUCCCUUGCAGUAGAUAAUAGGAAACAGGUCCAUUUUAUAGUGACUCACCAAGCAGAGCUUUGCCUACAGUAGACCUUAAGGGUCUGUCUACAUUGCUGUUAAAAUUGAGUCAGGGUCCUGUUUAAAAUUAUAGCGCUCUAUUUUGUGGUGUUAUGUGACUUUAAACUUUGUGAUGUAUUAACUAUAGCUUCUGAUCCUUGUAUGAAAAGUAAUUUAAGGUUUCAUCUGUGCUACAAGAAGCACCACAGCUCCUGAUGGGUUGGAGCCUACUUUUAAAACUUGUCAGGCCACAAUAGAUGCAGUUUCAUCUGUAGCAUGCAGCAGGCAACAUCUGUUUGCAUCCACAGUUUGCCUGCACAUUGCUUUUCAUCGAGCUAUGCAGGAAAGCAUUUCUCUAGAAGUCUCCCAGAGUCCUAGCAAGCUUCUAGCAAAUCAAGUGCUCUCUCCAAAAGAGCUAUUUUUGCCCUGUGUGUGUGAUAGUUGGGACUGGUGACAUUCAGCAGUGUUAGGGUUCCUGUAAACUUUGUAGUGAGAAAGGGGUUUUUUCACUUGACUCUGACAGCCUUUCUGUGAAGUAAUGCAGAGUACUCCGGGGAAAAAGAAAAAGAACAAAAAAAG